CUUGAUGGUCAAAGAAUCCCGAUGAUACUUAAGGAAUGGUUCUUCCUCUUCUCGUUAUUUUUUCCUCUCUUCUACUUUCAUCUUUAAAAAGCCAGACCCCGAUAACGCUUGCCGCUCUUUACUGACGCCCUUUACCAACAUGCAGUUCAUUAUUCAGUUUGCUUUGAUUGCGAUGGCGCUGCCCUUCGUUGCCUCUCAUAGCGGUUCUGGGGGUAGCAGUAGUUGCUCCAAGAACGAAUUCUGGUAUGAGGACACAAGCUGCUGUCUUCCCACAGGUGGUCCUCCUUCUAAGCCGAGUCCUCCGAAGGACCAUGAUUGUCCUCCAUCGACACAUUACUGGAGCAAGGACAAUGGAUGCUGUGUUCCUUCUCAGCCUCCCACCCAGAACCAACCGCCUCCUCAGUGUCCCUCUGGCUGGGAUUGGUAUCAGGGACCGCACGUUUGCUUGCCCCACCCCACCCCUUCCAACCCGCCGUCAUCUCACCCAUCCGGCUACCACGGCGGUCACCGUAAACGCGAUAUCCACAAGUCCCGUUCAGUCUCCCUUUGUCCGUUUGGUUUGGAUGCUUGUCCCAUCGCUGGUUUGACUGGCAAUGGUGACUAUGAGUGUAUCGAUACGUCCAGUGACCUUGAGGCAUGUGGUGGAUGCCCCAGUCUUGGAGAAGGUGAAGAUUGCACUGCAAUUAUCGGGGCUUGGAAUGUUGCUUGUGAAAACAGACAAUGCCAAGUCUAUACUUGCGUCCCUGGUUACACUCGUUCUUCCGAUGGGAAGUCGUGCGUUGCCUUGUAAAGCCUUUAAAUUUAUAUACGUCUUCGAACAUUGAGGAACUGUCCAAUCUUUUGAUCUUUACCUUCAUUUGUCAUAUUUAUCUGGACUGUCUUGCUCUAGAUGGAUUCAAUAACCUUCUCAGACUCUUUCAUUGGUUCUUUUAUUAUUUACCGUUCUUGUUAUGGACUUAUGGUUCUGUUCAAGUC